AUGAAGUCUGUCGCUCACCUUUCCGCCGCCGUGGCGCUGCUAUCUGGUACCACCAACGCCUUCUGGCGUAUGCCAUGUCACGAGCGCACGGCGCUGCUGCGCCUUGACCCCAUCGUCGACAAAGGAACGGCUUCUUCUCACGGUCAUUCCAUCUUCGGUGGAAGCAAUUUCGCCGAGACCACCACCUAUGACAUGCUCAGAGCAUCAACGUGCACAUCGUGCCAGUUCGGCGACGACAAGUCUGCGUACUGGACCCCAUCUCUUCAUUUUGUGCACAAGGAUGGCAAGACCGAAAUCGUUCCCCAAGUCGGCGGCAUGCUUGCAUAUUACCUGCUCCUCGGCGAUAACAUCAAGGCAUUCCCCAAGGGCUUCCAGAUGGUUGCAGGUGAUAGUCGUCUUCGCAACUUCACCCGCCCACUGCCCGAUCCGCCAACGGCAGAAUGGACGGAUGAAGACAAGACGCAGCUCGCGCUCGGUCAAAAGGCGAUUGGCUUCAACUGCAUGAACUACAACCGGGCUCCUGAGGGCUCCCGCCAACGCCACGUCUUUCCCGACAAAGAGUUCCUCGACGCCAACUGCGCCAAUGGUAUCCGCGCCGAGAUCAUGUUCCCCUCGUGCUGGAACGGCAAGGACGUCUCGUCACCCGAUCACAGGAGCCACGUGGCAUACCCCAGCUUCAUCGAUGGUGGAGAGUGCCCCGAGGGCUUCCCCGUCCGCUUGCCCACGCUCUUCUACGAGACCAUCUGGAAUACGUACGCUUUCAAGGGCAUCGAGGGAAUGCUCUCCUGGGCCAACGGUGACCCCACUGGCUGUGGAUACCACGCUGAUUUCAUCGGCGGCUGGGACAUCGACGUCCUCCAGAGAGCGGUCGAUACUUGCACCAACCCCUCUGGCCGUGUCGAGGACUGCCCUGUCUUUGCCGGCGACCUCCAAUCUGAGGCUAAGCAAGCAGAAUGCAAGAUUGAAAAGAUCCCCGAGAUGUUGCGCCACGAGGACUGCGAGGGCCCCACACACGGCCUCUGCGGCAACGUGCCUGUCCAACAAGGCCCUGAAUACGCGGCACCUCUUAUUCCUGGCAUCGGUGUCGCCUCGCCUAAUGCUCCCAGCCCAUCUCCUGCUGCUCCCAGCCCAUCUCCUGCUGCCCCAGAUUACCCUGCUGCACCACCGCCAGCUGCUCCUGCAUCCUCGUCUGCUCCUCCACCACCUCCAGCACCUGUUGCCAACCCACCUCCCCAACCAAAGGUGGAUCCAGCUGCUAACCCGGUUAUCCCUGCCGUCGCCCCUGCCCUCCCCCUCGUCACACCCGCGGCGGACAUCAAGGACGCAAAGCCCAACGACGACGACGACGACGACAUCAUCACCACCACGACUUACACCAAAGAGGGUGUCGUGUACGAAGUUUGCAUCAAGGAAGUUGAAGUCACCGUCACCGUCAUGGCGGAUGACGAGCCAGCACCCUCUCCGCAUCUGCGCCGCCACGCCCACCGACACCGUCGGAAUGCCGGUCACUAG